UCUAAUAAGAGACACGUUUGCAUCAUUGCGUGCGUCAGUUUUUUUCGAGAAAAUUUUACAGUGACGAUAGAAGAUCAAGAAAUGACCGAUCAAUCCGUUAGCGUAUCUUCAUAUCAUAUUUUGAUAUGCUACAACACAAUGCUUGCCAGAUCAUAUUACAGCAUAGGCUUAUAUAUCGAUAAAUGUUUCAAGUUAUAUCAUAUAAAGAAAAAUUAUUGAUUUCAUUGAAUUUUACAUAUAUGUGUAGUUUUAUUAUUUUGCGCAAUUCAAGAAUAAUAUUUUUAUUUAUUGUAAAUAAUUUUUAAUGUUUUACGUAUAAAACAUAAAACUGUCAACGUGUUAAAGUUUCCUUACGUACAGAAAAAUGUUUCAUGAAUUAUCGCAUUAAAGAACAAUGUAAACUCCUUGUUUUUUAUGACGAAUAGCUAUUAUAGUCAUUUUCUUCUUUAUCUUGAAAUUCUUCAAACGAUAGUUGUAUCUAUUUACGUUACAAUGUGGGACUAUUUUAGAUAUUUCGAUUUACAUUCGUUUGGAGUAAAAAAUGUUUUAACAACAGUUUUUACAUUUAUUUUUUUAUCGAUUUUGUAUGACAUCUAGCGAAAUAUUAGAUAGAUUCGAUAGUCGCUACAUGCGUAUUCGACACAAUGUGUGUAUAAAACAUAGUAUUUUUCAAAUUUAGACUCAAAUAUUUUUUUAUUAUUUGUGAUAUAAUUUGCAAAGUUAUAAUAUACGGCAUAGUAAUUAAUAAGAAUUAAAAUAUUAGGUUGGAUUUAAGAUGACAAAAACUAUCUUAUCGACAUUAUUCACCAUGUAAAUUUAUGAUAUACACGUUCUCGUAUGUACCGUUUGAGGUCGCAACCCAGAAGUAUUUGAAUUUGAAUAAAUUUCCAACCGUUACUGAGAGCGUGGAUAAAUGACGAGUUAGUGUAAAGGUGUUCAUCAAUUUAUUUUAAAUGUAGUGUAAAGUAUGAAUUAUUAACAAACAAGUACAAAAGUACAAAAAAAGAAACGAAAGUGUAAAAUUGUAAAAAUCUAAAGAAAUAGUUGAAGAAAAAUAUAUAGUUGAUAAAAUGUCAGAUAGCAUAAAAGUUGCUAUCAAGGUUAGGCCCUUAAUAAAAAGAGAGAAAGAUGAAAAUCUGCCGAAACAGUGGACAAUACAAGGAAAUUACAUAGUGUCGACAGAUGCAGAGAUGAAAAAACGCGGAGAAGGAGGAUUUCAUUUUGAUCAUAUUUUUGAUGAAGCAACUAAAAAUAGAGAUGUGUUUGAUACUGUUGUAAGACCUAUUGUCGAUGCUGCAGUAAAUGGUUUUAAUGGAACAGUAUUUGCUUAUGGUCAGACAAGUUCUGGAAAGACAUUUACUAUGAUGGGAGAUUUAAAUGAACCUGGAAUAAUAACAUUAGCUAUCGAACAUAUGUUUGAUGCUAUUGCUAAUACAUUGAGAAGAGAAUUUUUAUUAAGAGUGUCGUAUCUUGAAAUUUAUAAUGAAAAAGUUAAUGAUCUCCUAAAUAAAGGUGGAACAGAUUUAAAAAUGCAUGAAGAUAAUGGCCAAAUAGUUUUGAAAUGUAAAGAAGAAGUAACUAAUAGUCCUGAACAUGUUUUGUCAAUAAUGAAAAAAGGUAACAAGAGUAGGAGAAUAGAAGAAACUGAUAUGAAUGAACGUAGUAGCAGGAGCCAUACUAUAUUUCGCAUUACUAUAGAAAGUCGUGAAACUGAUACUGGCUCAGAUGGGGCAAUUCAAGUUUCACAGCUAAACUUAGUUGAUCUUGCUGGUUCUGAAAGAGCACGUCAAACAGGUGCUACUGGAGAACGUUUUAAAGAGGGACGACAUAUCAACAUGUCUCUUUCAACAUUGGGAUUAGUAAUAAUGCAAUUAAGUGAAUCACAAGAUAUACAAAAAUAUGUAAAUUUUCGAGAUAGCAAAUUAACGAGGUUGUUACAAGCUUCUUUAGGUGGAAAUGCUAUGACAGCAAUAAUAUGCACUAUUACACCAGCUGCAGUAGAAGAAUCUCACUGUACAUUAUCUUUUGCAUCGCGUGCUAAGAGUGUAAAAAAUAAACCACAGAUCAAUGAAGUUAUGUCUGAUGCCGCUCUUCUAAAGCGUUAUGCAAAACAAAUAGCUAAACUCAACACAGAACUAGAGAAAAUGAAACAGGAAAAUCGAACAGCUGAAGAAAUGGAAAACAGAUUACAUGAAAAGGAUCGUGUUAAUCAACUUUUGGAAGAACGAAUAGAAUUGUUAAAGACCAAGAUUGUUUCUGGAAGUAAUGCAAAUAUUGAAGAUUCAUUUGGAUAUAGAUCUAAAAGAAGACGAACUUGGGCAGGAGCUGUUACAUUCAAACAAAAUUUAUCAAUUUUUCAACCUAGCUAUGGUUUGCCCACAAUAAAAGAAAUGUCACCGGAAAAGUCUUGUAGAAAAAGUAUUAUUCAAUCUGUUGAUUUAAUGGAUCAAUCAUUCCAAACAGCUUUCACAGAUUUUGAAUUAGAAUUAAUUAAUGAUGAAAAAGAUAGGGAAAAUGAAGAUUCUAUAGACAGUGAUAAAGAUAUGUAUAUUACAAAAAAUAGACAUCAAAACCGUGUUACAUUCAUGGACGAUGUUUUUAUUUAUAAACCUAAUUAUGAUAUUUAUGAGAGUACACCCAUGAAGAAAGGUACACCAUGUCAGACAAAUGGUAAUCAAAAUUCAUUUCAUACACCAGAAAAAGUUUUAAGAGAAAGAAUUAAAUAUUUAAAACAAGAAUUUGAUGAACUUCGUGAGUUUACUACAUUGGAAAAGCAAAUGUACAUCGAAAAUCAUCAAUGUUAUAUCACUGAUGAAAAACAGCAACAUACUAUAAUGGCAAUAGAUAAGUCGCAAGAAAAAUCGGAAGAAAACGAAAUUAAGAUAGAACAGAAUUUAGAUCUGCAACAACAAAUAAGGAAUGUUACAUCGGAAAAUAAUUUAUUAAAAAAUGUAAUAUCCGAAGUAUUACAAUACGCCACUAAUACUACCGAUAUAAGUACGCAAGUAGAUAUAUCAAAUGAUAUGUCACAAACCGUAAAUGAAUCAUUCUUAGAUUUGCGUUUUAAUGAAAUUGAAGUAAAAUAUAUAUUAUCUAAGCUACAAAAAAAAAUUGCGAAAAGUAUAACACAACAUGAAAUAGAAAAUUUAGAAAAAAUCUCUGAAUUGGACAAUCAGAUGUUACAUCUUAAAUCUGAGAAUGUGGAAUUAAAAGAAAAAAUAAACUCUCUAAAACAAAAGAUAAAUGAACAAACGGAAAAACAAAUAAUAUAUGAAAAUGAAUUCCAAGAAAAUUUUAAUUCUAAAGAAAAUACAGUAAGUUUAAUAACUGAUACUACAGAACCUAUGCAAGAAAGGAAUUCCAUGCUAAUUGAUAUAAAAGAAAACUUUGAAUUUGGAGAGAGUACAGCCAAGCCAAAAGAGAUAGAAAAUAUAUUAGAACAGGGAAAGCAGUUAAUAGAAUUCUCACCUAUAAAAACUCGAAGAUCAUUGGAACAAUUAAAAUCAAAUAAUAAAACAUGUGAAGUACUACCUUUCAUGAUUAAAGAAAAAUUAAUUGAUCACAGUCCCGAAAUAGCAAGAGAUGCAGAAAUAUCUGUCCAUAUACAACGAAAAAAAUCAAUCUUAGAAGAAAAAGAAAAUAUAAUUACCGAGAUGAAUGAACAUAAGGACGUUUCUAUUAAUGAAAAAAUUGAUAAUUUUGAUUUUGAAGAUCUUUUGACUAAAUUACAUAAGCAUUUGAGUAGUAUAGAACAGUGUGAAAUUUUGAAAUUACAUCAGUUGAAUGAAAUAUUUACGUCACAAAACGAAGAAUUACAGUAUGUUUUAAAUGAAUUAAAUAAAAAAAAAAUAGAAAUGGAUUACAAUCAUAUAACAAAUUUCAUUAAUGAAAGUAUUAAUUUAAAAAGUCUUCUACAAGAUUUAGACGCAUUUAUUAAAUCUAUUGUAGCAAAAAAUAAAAAAAUGAAAGAACAAUUACAAAAACAGUUAUUUGUUUUGACUGAAAGUUUUAAUGACAAUGUUGAAAAUGAGGAAUUUGUAGCAGAUUUCGAUUUACAAACUCAAGAAUUACAUGAAAUAAAAAAUGAUGUGUUAGGACUUAAGCUAGAUAUAAAAAAGUUACAAAGAACUAUAUUCUUGUUAACUGCAGAAAAUGAAGAAUUAUCUGCUAAAUUGGCUGCAGAAAAGGAAAGUAAAGCUGAUUGUUUGAAAAAAACUGAUGAUUUAUACGAGCAAAUCUCUGAGAUAAAAAAUGAAAAAAAGGAUUUGUUAAAUGAAGUCCAAAUCCUUAAUGAACAAAUUGGAUGUUUACAAUCAAAGAAACUAGAUGUAGAGGAGGAGUUUUAUCAGGAUAGAACAAAUAAAUCGACAUCGAAUAUUGAAUUGUCAUAUGCGGACGUAGAGAAACAUGUAAAUGCAGACUUCAAGAAUAUUGGACAAGUUGAUUUGCCUACAAAUAUCAACGAAUCCAUGAAAGAUGAAGAAAGAAGCAUGGAAGGUGAUAAUGAUUUAUUUUUAGAUUGCUCCUUAUCAGAAACUGAAUUAAAAUCAUCUUCAAAAAAUAAUACUGAAAGGAAUGAAAAUAACACGGAACAAUUAGUAUUGGAUGAUAGUCUGUUAAAAUCUGAACUUAUUACAUUAAAAGAGAAAGUAACGUUACUAACAGAGGAAAAUGCACAACUCCUUAAAAAAUCUUUGGAGACUUUAAAAGAUGAAGGAGUGGAAGAUGAUAAGUCGGAUAUUUUAUCUAAAAAAUGUGUAACCUUAAAAGAGACAAUGGAUUAUCUUUUACAAUUAAAUAAAAGAUUAGCAGAUUUGAAAAUAAUUUCUUGCACUCAAUGUAUUCAAAUAAAGGAAUUAAAUGAAGAUAAUAAAGCUGUAAAAUUAAAAACAAAAAUGUUAACAGACAAAUUAGAGAAUUUGCAAGAAAAAUUCAAUCGCAAAUGCGCAGACAUAGAGGUACUCAAAAAUAAAGCGAAUGAAGAAUCAUUUUUAAACAUCUCUGAAAUAUCUUUAGAUGCAUCUUUGCUAGAUGGGAUAAAUGUAACUUCUGUAGAGGAGGAAGUUUCUCUUUUAAAUAAAGAAAUACAAGUAUUACAGGAUGAUCAUAUUAAAUUAUCGUAUUUACAUAAAGAGAAAUGUAACGAAAUUGAAAGGCUUCACAAUGCUACUGUAACUGAAACAAAUGUAUCUCCAUUGAAAAAAGAUGCAAAAAGGAACAGAUCUAAAAUUAAUAAAUUAAAGGAAGGCAUUGCUCAUGUGAAAGCCGACUUACACGAAUUGAAAAAUAAUAUUAUUUGCGAUCUUAAGAAGUCUUUAAAUGAAAUAAAAAUGUUAAAAUUUACAAACGACGAAUUAUCCAAAGUGGCAUCGCAUAAUAAUCUGUUAUUGGAAACUACUGACAAGAGUAUCAAGACACUUGAAAAGGAAGUUGUGAAUUUAAAUGCGGAAAUUGAGAAUUAUAAAAUGGUACAAGAACAAAUGACGAACGAAAAAUAUAAUUUGAAAGAGGAAAUGGCAAAUAUAAAGGUAAACAUAGAACAAAAAGAAGAUACUAUAAACGAUCUGCAACAAAUAAUCGAUGAAUGUAGGAAGGAAAAUAAUUAUUUAAAAGAAAAAAUAUCCUACUUGGAAAACGUAGAGGAAAACAUUGACAUGACGAGACAAAUUUGUGAAAAUAAGCAUGACACAGAAAGUAUGUUAAGUGAUGAGAAUCAAAAAUUUAGAGAUGAUUUAAAUUCUGCAAAAACCUGCAUCAUUAAUGAAAUGAAAUCUCUUAAACCUACAGAAGAUGAUCACGACUUCCUCGAUAAAUCUAUAAACAGUCUUUUCUUUAUGUUUUUAGAAAGAAUUACUUUAAAGGAAAAGGAAGUAAUUGACAUUAUACAAGAACAAUUCUUUUCUGAUAAAGAAAAACUUGAGAAUGAAAGACAAGAAAGUAUAAAUGCGGAAAAAUGUGUUAGAUUAUAUGCAGAAGAGCUAAAAACAGAAAUAGAAAAACUAAAAACUGAUAUAAAAAAACAAGAAACAGAACGUUAUGAAUUAUUAGAUAAAAUAUUACAUUUGGAACAUUUAUUAAGUGAAAAUAAUAAUGAAAGAGAAAUACUUGCGAAAAAAAUUCAAUCUUUUGAAAUGGAUUAUGAUAGUUCACAAAAAGAUUUUGAUAAACAUUCUGAAAUAAAAUCGCAACAAGAUGAAACUACUAUAAAUAAAAAAGAAGAAAUAUUAAUAGAGGAUAUUAUAAAAGAUAAAGAGAUUGAAUUGCAAAUAGAAAUGGAACGAAUUAGAGAAGAAUAUGAACAAAAAAUAAACAGCUUGACUACUACUUUAGAAACAUAUGAAAUAAAAAAUAUAGAGCUAAAGCAACAUUUAGAAAAUCUUGAAAUCAAUAAAAAAGAUCUACAGAAUAUGCUUACUAUAAGAACGGAUGAAUUAGCUAAAAGUAAUGAAAAUUCAGAAAAAAUAAGAUCUGAUAUUGAAUGCCUUACAAGUGCCAAUAAUGAGUUAAAUCGUGAGAUGGAAAAUAAAAAUGCAUCUAUUACUAAACUUAAUAUUGAAAUAAGAGAUUUAAUUGAAUUGGUAGAAUCAAAUAAAACAGAAAAUAUGGCAUUAAUAAAAAAAUUAGAAGGAUUUGAAAUAAAUGAAAAAAAUCUAAAUGAUAUGCUUAAUAAGAAAAUGGAUGAAUUAGUAGAGAAUAAUAAAAAUUUAAAAGAAAUGAAAACUGAGAUAGAAUAUCUCACAAAGACUUGCAAUGGAUUGAAUCAGAAAAUUGAAAAUAAAAAUGCACACAUUGCAGAAGUUACUACUCUUUUACAAAACAAAUCUGAUAUAUUGUCCGAAUAUAAAACAAAACUGGAAAGCAUUACACCAGAAUAUGAACUUUUAGAAAAACAACUCGAAGAACAAAAAUUGAUCAUACAUAAGCAUAAGUCAGAAUUAGAAAACUUGAAAGUAGACAAUGAAAUGCAUCUGACAAAUAUGAAGGAGACACUAAAUUUAGAAAACGUUAAAUAUGCAGAAUUAAAUAAACAAUUGGCAAAUUUACGUAACGAAAACAUUAUUUUACUUACAGAAUUAGAUACAUUAAAAGAACAAUAUAGUCAAUUAGAACAAAAAAAUAUAAAAUUGGAACAAAAACUUAGGAACAGUAAUAGUAAAAUGAAACUAGAAACGAACAUAGAAGAUUUACUGGAACAAAAUAAAGUGUUACAGAAUAAUUUAGAUGGUGCUUAUAAUUGUAUAACAGAAUUGAAGGAUAAGAAAAAUCAUUUAUUAGAAGAAUUGUUAACUGCAAAGGAACGACAUGAAUCUUUACUUGAAGAGAAUACAAAAAUGAAAGAAUUAUUGUCAGAUGAGAAAAAACAAAACACGCAUACGCUACAGGAACAGUAUGAUACUCUUUUAAAUGAAAAAACUAAAAUUACACUUGAAUUAGACGAAAACAAGAUAUUAUUAUGUCAAAAGGAAGAAGACUUGAAACAUUAUAUAAAUCAAUUUGAAGAAUUGAGAAGAAAAAAUCAAGAAUUAGACGAAGAAGCAGAAGAAUUGAUACGAGAAAACGAGAAAUUGACAGAAAAGAUAUAUUCAUAUUUUGAUGAUGAUGUUUCUGGUGAUAAGUUGAAGUCUCAAAUAAAUAUCUUAAAGGAAGAAAACAAGAAGUUACAAGAUGAACUUACAAAGUUUGAUGGUGUAAAUAAGUCACACAUAACGUUGCAAACUAAAAUAACUGACAAAUCAAAGAUGUUUGAUUUCAAUGAUGAAAUUGAUGAACAAGAAUGUAUUAGACAUGGAGUACUUCAACCAAAAGACCAAUUAAACUGUAAUGUUGAGUAUAGUAUGAAUGAAGAGAGCAAUAAUGAUAAACUUGCAAAUUUGAAGAAACAGAUACAAGAGCUAGAACACGAUUUGGUAUCUAAAAAUGGAAGGAUUGCAUCAUUACAAUUACAAAUACAAAGAGAAAGUUUUCCAUAUCAGAAAAAAUGUAAAGAUUUGGAAGAAAAUGUGUUAGCUUUUAAAAAUAAGAAUAUUCAACUUGAAGGUGAAAUAAAAAAACUUAGGCAUGUUAUGAGUGACAUUAAUAUGAAAGAAUGUUACAUAUGUAAAAAUCGAUAUAUUAAUACAAAAAAUCAAUAUGUUCAAACUAUACCAACUAACAAGAUACAGUUUUGUGGAACCAGUAGUGGAAUUAUUGAUGAACACAUACAAAUACAGAAAUUAGAAAAAGAAAAAUCUUUCAUGAAACAAUUGUGUCGCUCACGAUGUCGACGAAUAAAAGAGCUCGAAAAGAGAAUAUUGGAAUUUGAAAAUGCUGAAAGUUUAUCAAAACAAACAAACGUUGCUCCAAAUGAUAUAUCCUGUAACACGCCGAGAUUUUAAUCGAAUUAAGCAAACAAAAAGUUUCUAAACUAUCAUCUUCUUACGAUGUAAUAUUGUAUCUGCAUCUUGAGGAAACAUAUUCUAAAUACUUUAUGGAUAAUUAACGUUAUUACUACUACAAAGCAUUAUGUAUAUAAGAAAGUAUUAUUGAAAAUGACUAUUUUUAUAUAUUGAUUACAUGUUACAAGUACAUAAGGCAUGAUUUCUAUAAUUAGAGUUUCCAAUAGUAUUAUUACUAGAUUAUGGAUUAUUUUUAAGGGUUUGUAUCUUUAGAUAUUUUUGUAAUAAUAAUAAUUUAAAUUUAUUUUA